AUGUUAUCCACACCUAGUAGUCUUUGUUUUAUUUUAGAGUUUCACAAUAUGGAAUUAAGCCAUCGUGUCCCGUUUUUACCCAAGGUUUCUGAAGUUUAUAGUCGAAAUACAAAUGGUGAUAAGUCAUUCUUGAAACGCAAUAUUGUAAAUGGGCAGUCAAAACUUCAAUGGAUUUUACUAUCCAUUAUUGUAGUUGCUUUCUCAACAUUACUACUAAUUAGCGUGUAUUAUUUCUUUUUCCGUUCAUUUUCUUUUGGGAACAUGAGUUUGGACAUUGAUAUGUUGGAGGUGAAAAAAUGUCCUGGAUGUGCUGGACAGUCUAUUUGUCCACAUUUUUAUCGUGGAGAAAUUCGAUUCACUAGUAGUCAAACUAAUAUUUUUCAAUCUACCAAAGAUGGGUUAUCCUUUCCUGUUGUUGGAUACAAAGCUACUAUGGGUCUUUAUGAAAAUACUAGAUAUGUUCUUCUUCGCCGUCUUGGAAGUCCAGCCACGCCAUAUGCCGUUGAUGAAGCUGUUUGUCGACGAGGUUUGAGACAAGGUUCUCAUAUGUUUUCACAGUCUCUUCUAGCUAAUCUUUCUUGUAUACCACAUCUUUCGAUUUGGCGCUGGCGCCCAACAAAUGCUGAUAAUCAUGAUCCAUUUAGUAACUCAGUAGAAUCUCCGCUUGGCAGAGAAGUUCUGGCAGUUCCAAUUCCUUCACUAAAUCAAAAAAGUGUGGAAAAUAAAAGUGUUGUAAAAUCAAGUUUUGCUCCAGCCACACGGUGUUCUAGCGAUCGUUUGUUUGAACAUCUUCAAAAGAGAUUUUUAGAACGAACAAGCUUUGGAGCUGAAACUCGUUGGUUACGUUUUGAUGAAUUGAUGUUCCUUUUUAAUUUGGCAAUCGAUCCUCAAAGUGUAAUCAUACAAUCGUUUCCACGCAAAGAAAAUUGGCCUUUUCCAAGUUAUUUAGGCUCUUGUGGACGCUGGUCUGUUGAAGAAUAUCAUGGUGUACCACUUAGCUAUUUCUGUUUGGCUCCUCUAUGGAUAAGAUUACAGAUUUUGUUAAAUAUUCUCAGUCUACCAGAGAAAUUAGAGCAUCAAUCUGCUGAUGAAAUGAAUCAUGGUAGUUUUAUUCAUGAUAUGCAUAAACAUAAUUCAUCUGAUGGUUAUACAAUAUACCUUGGAGAUUUUGAUUUAAACUCAUUAUUUCUAGUAGAUCCUACAACAUAUGAUGUAACCAUUUCAAAUUUAAGACAUGCAAUUAUUGUUGACACAAAAACAUUAAUUAACUUUCAUUUUAAAUCGACCAUUGAAAAAGAACAUACUGUACCAACUAAUGCUUUAGUUAAAGUACUCAAUGGUUUACAAUUACACAAUUGUUUUGGUAAUAUAUCUACUUCAGGUGAUACAGAUGGUGAUACACCACCAUGUUUACAUACUAAUCAUGUUGAUAAUUUAUGCUCAUAUCAAAAAUCGGAUCAUAAUAUCUGGGUUAUAUGUACUAGUUUAUUAUACGGUGUUAAUAGUAAAGAUAAUAAUCAUUGUAAUAAUUUUCUCUAUCAAAUGCCAAAUGAAUUAUAUACACUUAUUGAACGUUGUGUUCAUGAAUCGGGAAUUGGUGUAAGACGUCAAUUAAUUGAAAAAGCUCGUCAUUUAAUCAAACAAAAUAUUUGACAUGUUAACUUGUCUCUUCUUCAAUUAAUUUAGUUUAUAUAAAAUUAAGUCAUUCACCGCGUGUGUGUGUGUGUGUUUGACUGUUUUUUAUUCAUUUAUUU